AUGGCACGUCUUCCUGAUGACAUUGGACAGCGGUUUCCAGGCCUUCAGCAUCUCAGCAUGUGGGGAUGGAAUAAUGUUUCCGAGCUGCCCGGCGAGUUCGCUUCCCUAAGCUGCCUGCGUGAGCUGACGAUUUUCUCAUGCGACAUUGUCAGCCUGCCCGAAAAUUUUGGAGAGCUGCCCGCAUUGAAAGUGCUGACGCUGAACCAGCUUCCAAUUUCGAGCCUCCCAGAUUCGUUCUACCAGCUGACGUCUCUGGAAACCCUCUCCCUGUCUUACUGCAAGGCAAUCUUCGAGCUGCCUGCAAGGUUCGGUAACCUCACCGCACUCAACUCCCUCUGCAUCCUCAAUUCGCCGAACCUGAAGCUUCCAGACGACAUCGGCUCACUCACCAACCUCCACACCUUUCGUUUGAGAGAAAAUUCCCCGCAGCAGCAGCUUCCAUCCUCCUUCACGCAGCUGACCUCCCUGACAAGGCUCGAGCUUACCCAGUGCAUGCUAGCAGAACUUCCAGAAGACUUGGGGAAGCUGAUGAACCUGCGGGAGUUGACCGUCCAGUCCUGCUCGAAGAUUCAGCAGCUUCCGGAUUCUCUCACCGACCUUGUCAACUUAAACGUUCUGAAAGCUAUGGACUGCGACAGCCUUACUGCAAUUCCCACCAGCUUGAGCAACCUCACAAGGCUCAAAGAAUUGGCCCUAGCCAAUGUCCCCCAGCUAGCACAAGUAUCCACAUCCCUGCCUUCCUCCCUCGAGAUCCUCUCCAUAGGAAGCUCCCAGCGCCUCACCCCUCUGCUGGAGCUUCCUUCUCUGCCCAGGCUGAGAAAACUGAGCUUAACUAGUGUUGGGAUCAUACAUGGGCUGGCAGCUGGCAUGGCCCUCGCUUCUCUGGAAGAAUUAGAGCUAACGUUGGCUGGAGAAGCAGACGAACUCCCUCUGCCUCUGGAGCUUCUGUCAAACCUUCGCAGCUUGACAAUCCACAGCACUGGUUGCAUGGAGAAGCUUCCGGAAGGGUUUGGUUCGGCCUUGCGGCAGCUGAGGCGGUUGCUGAUUCACCGGGGUGCAGAAUUGACGCAGCUGACUGAUAGUUUCACGGAGCUCCAAUCCCUGACAUUUGUUGAGAUCCAUGCACCUAAGCUCUUGUUUCUUCCAGAGGGUAUCGGAGCGCUAUCCCGGCUGCGGCAGCUGAAUCUUGAAAAAUGCUCAUCACUCGCCCACCUCCCUGCUUCUCUCACCCAGCUUUCCUGCCUUCAUGCGUUGAACCUUCAGUGCACGCCCAUACGCUCCCUGCCUUCCUACUUUGGACAACUAAGCCGGCUGAAAGAGCUCAAUUUGGAUGGCUGCAGGCACCUGGCUUCUCUGCCUGAGGAUCUCACCCAACUUAAGAUGCUUCUCAGCUUGACUGAAGAAUGCUGUGACCAACUUGAAGCUCAACGUGAAGCUGAAGCUCUGGAAAGAAUGUACGGUGUGGGUUGUCUGAAUACCACUGAUAAUGGUUUCUAG